AUGUCUGUCAGGCAGGCUGAGAUGAAAGCAGCUACCGUUGGAUCAUGUGGCUGGAAUGAGAGACAAACUUUGUGUUUCCAGGUCAUCUUCUACGAGGACAGGAACUUCCAGGGUCGCUCUUAUGAGUGUACUGGAGACUGUGCUGACAUGUCCCCCUACAUGAGCCGCUGUCACUCUUGCAGAGUGGAGAGCGGGUGCUUCAUGAUGUAUGACCGUCCCAACUACAUGGGAAAUCAGUAUUUCUUUAGGAAGGGCGAGUACGCUGAUUACAUGUCUAUGUUUGGAAUGAAUGAAUGCAUCAGGUCCUGCCGUAUGAUCCCCAUGCACAGGGGAUCCUACAGAAUGAGGAUCUACGAGAGGGAGAACUUCAUGGGUCAGAUGUACGAGAUGAUGGAUGACUGUGACAGCAUCAUGGACCGUUACCGCAUGCCUCACUGCCAGUCCUGUCAUGUGAUGGACGGCCACUGGCUCAUGUAUGAGCAGCCCCACUACAGAGGCAGGAUGUGGUACUUCAGGCCUGGAGAGUACAGGAGCUUCAGCAAUAUGGGUGGCAUGAGAUUCAUGAGCAUGAGGCGUAUCAUGGAUUCCUGUUACUAGUGUACAAAUGUUUCAAUAAAAUUUGUCUCAAUUAAUUCUUGUCCUGACUGAAUAUCUUAACUAUUCAAUGAUUUUUUUAAUUUUUUUUUUUUUUUUACUGAGGUAGCCCAUGAUAGGAAGCAUAAUCCAACUUCCCUGACCUGACAACAAUAAUGAAUUAGUAAAUAUAAAAUAUUAUAAAUAAAUAAUAUUGUAAAUAACAUACUUUUUCAGGAACAAAAAACAGGAAUUUGUAUAGAUGAUUGAACAACUAUUAUUUAACACUGAAACUUCAAGUUGCAUGUGGAAGACUCCAAAUAACAUGCAGUUUUUAAAUACUUUAAAUAUAUUUUCUUAAAGAACAUGGGAAUUAUUAAUAAUCUCUAUUAAUGCAUUUUAAUGCUCAUUAUCAAUUUAAUUUGUUUCACCACUUACCACAAAUAAAUUAUUUUUAGAAAAAUGCAGAUACUACAAAUAUACAUUUUUCAAUAAAAUAUUUUCUCUGAUAAAAUUAUGUAUGGAUAUUUUAAAUCAAAUAAUAAUAUGCAGUGUACAGCAUUUAUUUGAAACUGAAAUAUUUUUUCUCUUUGAUCAAUUUAAUGCACCCUUGCUGAAUAAAAAUAUUAAUUUCUUUAAAAAAAAAAAAAAACAUUCUGGAGGAUCAUGUGACACUGAAAACUGGAGUAAUGAUGCUGAAAAUUCAGCUUUGCCAUCACAGAAAUAAAUUACAUUUUUUUAAAAUAUAUACAAAUAGUAAUAAUUUCACAAUAUUACUGUUUUUACUGUAUUUUUGACCCAAUAAAUGCAGCUGUGGCGAGCAUAAGAGACUUUUUCUCAAAAGCAUAAAAUAUAUAUGUAACACAGUCCCCACUUUGAAAUAGUUACUUUAUUUCCUGAAAUCAAAACCGAUUCCAAAAAAACCUUUUCCAGCUUUAUUUACAAUAUCAAAGUAAUGAAAGAAAAAGGCAAGUUCUGGAGAAAAAAAAAUGAAAAAAUGAAAAACUAGAAUAACGUGGUUUGGAAAAAACAAUCCCCUGAUUUAAUACUUUGUAGAGCCACAUUUGACUUUAAUUAUAGCCAUUAAU